AUGAAGUUUGCCGCAUCCAUUGUUACCCUUCUUGCUCUCUCCGUUGCCGAAGCCCACAACACCCGUGGAGAAGGAGAGCGAACUGACCGCGAGAACCUUGGAGAGAAGAGAAGCCGCACCAAAGUGGGCAGAGCUAAGGAGUCUCGUAACGACGAUGGUCCAAGCACGAUUAUUGGUGGAACCCAGUCCAGUCAGAACGACUUUCCGUAUUAUGUUGACACCGCAAACUGUGGUGGAUCAUUGAUUGCCCCAAAGGUUGUGCUUACCGCCGCUCACUGCGGUGCCUCUUACUACCCAGACAAGCAAGUUAUUGUCAAUGGCUAUGAGAGAGGCGAGGUUGGCAACGGGGUUUGGCGAACUGUUUCUCAAGUGGUUCCACACCCUGAAUACAACGAAAAUACUCUGGAAAACGAUUUCGAACUCUACCUGCUCUCCGAGUCUGUGACAGGACUCUCUGUCAAACUAUCCCUCAACCAGCAGGCUACCUAUCCUGCGGACGGAACUGACUUGACAGUCCUUGGUAUUGGAAUGCAAGACAAGAACGGCGGGCUUGUCAAUGGGGAGUUUCUCUAUGACGUUGUGAUUCCUGUUGUUAACACUGGGGAAUGUAAUGCCGCAUGGCAAGGAGGCUUGAAUCCCGACAUCAUGAUCUGUGCAGGAGCAAUUGGUAAGGGAGCUUGCAUGGGAGACUCUGGAGGUCCUCUUGUGGUUCGCAAUGGAAAUACACACACCCAAGUUGGUGUUGUUUCGUUCGGAAGCGCCGACUGCAAAAAAGUUAAGGCUAGCGAGAAUGUCUUUGCCCGCACCAGUGGAGCAAUUAAUUGGAUCAAAUCCGUUGUAUGUGACACAUGGAACGAAGAAGCUGACUUCUGUGAAGGAGGCAGCUCGAGCGGUGGCAGCGGCAGCGGUGGCACUAGCGGUGGUGGCAGUGGCAGUACUAGCGGUGGUGGCUGCACUGACGUUUCCGGAUGGACCGACUCUGUUGGUGAUGGUUGUGCCUGGUACAAAGAAUUUAAAGAUUUAGAUGUUUGUGAAAUGUACUCCGAUGAAGUUGGUACUGGUGGCCUUUCACCCGCUGACGCUUGCUGUGUUUCUCACAAAAGCGUCCGUGGCAAAGAGGGGUAUCUUGAAAAAGAGAAGCUCGCCCUCACCAAAGUUGGAAGAGCCAAGGAACAACAUUCCAAAUCUCAUGUUAAGCAUGGUCCUUCAACGAUCGUGGGUGGAUCUGCCACUAACGUGGGUGAAUUUCCCUACAAUGGUGACUCUGGAGGUCCUCUCGUUGUGUUGAGUGGUACACUGGUACACUCAAGGUGGUGUCGUCGUGUCUUUCGUUUGGAGUAA